GCUGGUUAUAGAGAACCCCACGGAAUCAAAAGACGCGGGUCUAUACCAAUGUGUGGCGACUAAUAUCUUUGGUACAAUAUACAGUGAUGUGGCUAGUAUCACGUUUGGAGUACUGGAAUAUUUUAGUAAUGUACAACGGGCACCUGUUGUUGCUUUGGAGUACCAGAGUGUGGCUAUUGAAUGUUCCCCACCACCAUUUAAGCCAGCUGUCAGUUACCAAUGGUAUAGAGGAGAAAUCGCUGAUUUUGUGCGACCAGAACUCAAUCCGUAUGUCUUCAUCUCUAACAAUGGAAAGCUUUAUUUUUCUGAAGUCACUAAGAACGAUGAGUCAGACUACCGGUGUAUUGUCAAGCUUACUUCCGGUUCAGACAAAAUGAGUACCGACCAGCCGCCAAGUCGUAUUAGUCUCCCUAUACCCUUAGAUAUCAGACAUCAAGUACCGGCUACGUGGGGUCCUGAAAUUGCUGAUGGAUUUAUUGCCUCGUUUCCAAAUAAACCAUUGCGUGGCAAUACAGUAAAACUUGAGUGUCUUGCAUAUGGCACGUUACCGUUUACAUACACUUGGUCAAGAAAAGACUUCCAGUUGCCCACAACGAGCACCCUUAGUGAUCAUAAUAGAAUACUCGAGAUAGCCAAUGUCCAGCUAGAGGACGCGGGAACUUACUACUGUACGGUGAUGAGGGACACCGGGGCUCGAGUUCAGGCUGUCCACAACCUUGUUAUUGAAGCCCGACCUUACUUCCGAUUCCCGUUGCCCGACCUGCACGCCGACACCGGAAGUCAACUAACUUGGCGGUGUGAGGCAAAAGCAAUUCCGCUUGGGGUCUACAUUUGGUAUAAAAAUGGUGAAAUUUUACAAUCAGUCCCUGGAGAUUUUGAAGUAAAGAGGAACACUAUAAAGUUUCAAAGUUUAGAUUCAGCCCGGCAUGCCGGAAUGUACCAGUGUGUUGCCAUGAACACCCAUGGCUACUCAUAUAGUUCAGCACAACUUCGUGUACUCUCAUUUAAACCAUCCUUUCACAAACGCCCAAGAAAUCCUAGCCAGACGGCAGCCAUUAACGGUCAUGUCACAUUAGAUUGUUCUCCAGAGGCUGCACCUUUCCCAGAAUUUACAUGGACCAGAAAUGGCGGCAAUAUUAAUCCAACGCCGGAUGAUGGUUCGUCACGUGUUCGACUACUUUCAGACGGAAGUCUAUUUAUAGCACAAGUACAAACCGGUGAUGUUGGGACGUACUGUUGUGUUGCAACAAAUAUUUAUGGAUCAGAUACAAGUUGUGGCGAGCUUAAAGUAGUUUCUAACACAGUUAUAAACAUGCGGCCACAAAACACGCUUGGCAAGAUUAACCAGACGUCCGUGUUACUUUGUGAUGCGUCAUUUCCGGGAAACGUUGACAGCAUUUAUGUUUGGCGAUUCAAUGGUCGCGAGAUCAACCUUAGAAACAAUCAACACCUUACACUGGGAACGACGCAAUAUCCGGGAGCUUUAUAUGUAAGAUCAGCACGGUAUGAUAACACCGGCAUGUACACGUGUGUUGCCAAGACAACGUAUGAUGCUGUCAAUGCUUCCGCCGUGUUUACUGUUGAAGGACCACCAGGACCUCCUGCUGGUGUCAGGCUAGACAGAAAUACAAUUACAUCAACUUCUGCAGUUGUAGUCUGGACAGAAGGGGAAACUCAUGGUCGACCGACACAGUUCCAUAACAUAGAAGCAUGCACCGAAUAUAACAACACGUGGGCUCCAGUGUAUACAUACAUACCUUACACGUUAUCCCAGAUAACUGGUACACAAAAACAUGCAAUAAAUGUUGAUGGUUUGAAAUCUGGCAACAGUUACUAUUUCCGAGUGAGAGCAGUGAACGCGUUUGGUGUUGGACAAGCCAGUAGAAGCUCAGCCGUGUACAAAAUACCCGGUGCACCGCCGUCAAAGUACCCAGAUAAUGUUGGAGGAGGAGGUGGUAGCGUGGGGAUUCUUACCAUCACGUGGACUCCUCUACCACCAGAAGAUCAAGGAGGGCCUGGAAUAGGUUAUGUUGUAUACUGGAGAUUGGCAAACACUACUACAAAAUUUAAAGAGGAUAUUGUAAAUGAAGACACUGGCACGUAUGCAACUACAGUUGGUUCGGAAUAUUUCUACAUGUUGUAUGAAGUUAAAGUUUCAGCCUUCAACGAGUUUGGUGACGGCCCUGUAUCACCUGAAGGUGUUUACAUCUACUCUGCCGAGGAAAUGCCAAUAGGAGUUGCGAGAAACGUGUAUGCCUUUGCCCACAACUGUACGGCGUUAGAGGUCACGUGGGAUGUUAUACCAAACGACAGGGAACAUAUGAGAGGGAAGCUGCUCGGAUAUCAAGUGAACUACCAACUUCGGUUCGUAGACGGUGCUUCACUGGAUGCUAUAAGUUGGCGAGGAGAGACAUCCUCUGGUAUAGUGAUAGGUUUAGAUCCCUAUACAUGGUAUACAGUUGACGUACAACUUCUCACGACGGCAGGGAUGGGUCCGAGAGGAGAGGUUUAUCAUGCUCAUACACAUAAAGAAGCUCCCAUUUUAUAUCCUACUGAAAUCCAUGUGUACUCUCAUACUUCUCAGAGUGUUAGAAUUAUCUGGCGAGGAGUAAGUACCACAAGUAAAGAAGAAAAUCUGGAGGGAUACAAGAUCCGUUACUGGCCUACCACGGACGAUGUUCGUUCGGCAAAAGAUGUGAUAACAGAAAGGGAUGAUUCUGAAGCUAUUAUUCAAGGAAUACAAAAAGACAUUGUAUAUGAAUGCAGGGUGUUAGGUUUUAGUCGAGGUGGAGAUGGGAAACACAGCUAUUCUGUUUAUUUUACAUUAGGAGGGCUUGUGGCAUUUGAUCCGUCGUCGUCAGAAGUUUUGGCUUCAGCAAAUAUGUUUUAUCCUUCAUAUGUUAAAUGUUUCAUUGCACUGAUGUUUGUUACUUUGCUUCGUUAUUUAGUCUGAUAAUGCAAUUUGAUUUCAAUAGAUCAUAUCGCCCACAACCAUAUUCCAAAUUUACCAUUUCGUGCUUUUUUUCUGUUUGUUCACCUGUAUUUUUCUAAAUCAUAUUUUGCCGCCAAUAUGUAACAUUAUUGAAUUGAGGAUGCCAUACUUAGAUGAAGAAUAAUUUCUGGGUUUUUUUUCUGGUAACGAAUGGAUUAAACAAAGCUCCGAAGCAUGAUAUCUUAUGCAAACUUAGAUUAACAUCUUGAUAUUAGGAUAUGAGCAUCAUUACGAUAAUUGUUUAUUUAAUUGUUAUUGCUGUAUCCUUCAAGUGUAUAAAAAAUUAUAUAUAUUUGCUUCAAUUUGUAGGUGUAAAGUGUAUACAAUAUAGUUUGAAAAAAAAUCAUUGUUUGAAUUUGAAAAAGAAUACUUUCAACAUACCUGAAUUAAAUGGAUUUUGAUUGUAAAGUGAAUGGAGCAUUGACGGUAUCAUUAUUAUACAAGUACAUCCCUAAUUAAACAACAGCAUAAUAUUUUGUUCCGGAUCAUUUUAUUGAAUUUACGUUCAAUUUUCAUGUGAUAUAUUCUAUAUAAUAAAUUGUUCAAUAAUGCACCAUAAGAUUUUGUUACAGUAUAAUUUUGUUUUUAUUAAUUUUAUAAAAAUUGUCUUCAAGAUAUAUUUUAUAUGCCUACAGUAACGUUAAUUAGAAUAAAACAAGUGCAACGCACAUGCUAGGUAAAACAUACUAUCAGGUGAACUUUAACAUUUUUAUUCAUCUAAUAGUUCAAUAAUAAAGAAAUAAAUGAACACAUUGGACAUUAUUCUGCCAGUCAACAAUUAUACAUAACAUACAUAAUUAUAUCAUAACAUCCAAACAUAAACAUCUUUUAAUAAAAACAUCUAAGAAAUAUCUGUCAAACGUAUAUUAUACAUAAACAUAACUGUCUUCCAGUCAAACAAUAUCGCGUGGGACAAAGUUAUAUUGAAAUACAAAUAUACAAGUUAACUUAUAUACAUUAUUAAAACAAUUCAUAUGAAUAAUUCAAAAGUAUCUGAAUUGAAUAUUACCCGUGAGUUUAUGGUAUUUUGUGGUAUUGCUUU